CUUUUGCCUGGUUGGACGAGACGCCCGGUUGCAGCCGCGGUCUCUUCCUGCAGUGGAACAUGGCGGCGGGGGGCUGGAACGCGACGGAGGUUUGGAACGCGGUCGACAUUCCAUUCCCGGGCUCUACUUCCCUCACCGUCGCGUGCACCGACCUAGACAGCUGCAUAAUCGACCUACAUAAGGCCUGUGAAAAUGCCAUCAGAGUAUUAACUGAUAAAUCCCUUACAGUGGAGCUGCUUGUCCUGCAUUCUAUUAUAUAUACUUUCCACAACAGGCUGUAUCGGCACAAACCUUACCUUGUAAUAAAGCAGGUUGAACAAUGUGCAAAACGUUUCCAAAAAAUGCAACUUAAACAUUCAAUUCAAAGCCUGAUCAACACAUGCUCAAGUGUCACCAGAAAGCGUAGAAUGGUAACCAAUUGCCCAAAACGGGUCCCCAACCAGCCAGUCUUGGAGUGGAUGUCACUGAAAGUAUUGGGAGGCAGUAAGUUGAUACUGCGGUUGAUGGAUAUGUGCUCCAAAGCAUUUCUUUUGGCCUCUCAGUUUCUUCGAUAUGGAAGGUAUAUAAUCCUAAAUGUGGUUACAAUGGGAAUGCUUAGCAGAUUGUGGUUCCUGUUUAAAAGAAUCUUAAUAUAUCUCGAAGUUUUAUAUGACAAACUGGUCGUGGCAAUAAAUAAAGUAUCUAAAAUUCAACCUUUGCCUUUUAUGAAGGACUUUUCCUUCCCUGGUAGCAUCAAGCAGUGGCUUGGUCUUUCCAGUAUUAAAGGAACACUGGAUAAAUUGCCAGGUCGUCUUUCUCGGAAAACUAGAGUACUUUUGGAAAAGCCAAGUUUACUUGAUAAGUUGUUCUCUGAAGAAGAAGAAGAAGCGUUACUGUUGUCGGAUGAUCAUGGUAUACAAUUGGAUGGAAAUUACAACAAUGAUCCUAAGAUCAACAGUCGGUUCCUGGAUAUUGGCGUUCCUGUACAGGGUAAAAGACUCUGUAAAAUUGGAACUGACGGACAGUUUGGAUUUAAAAUGAAGUCUCUACAGGCUCAGAGUCGCAACUUUUUUACGAAGAACCAGAACUCUGAGGGAGAAUAUAGCUGCAAAAGAAAGAAGAAGAAUGAACGUGUCCCACUGAAUGAGUUUUUGGAGAAGAUUACUGCAGCACAGUCAUUCAGUGUACUGUCUCAUGAGCUCAAGACAAUAUUCCGUUGGUUCAGGCAAAGGAAACUAAAGCAUGAGCGCUGCUAUUUUGGAAAUCUUUAUCAGAAAUGUCACAAAUUGAAGAUGGUGGAAUGUCUUGGUUACAGUUUUCCAAAGAAGAUCAAGUUUAUAAAAUCUUCUGUCUGCAAAUAUCUCACGAAAAAGUUCCAAACAUUCCAACGAGACAAAAUAUUCAACUAUCGUUUGAGUAGAACAACCCUUCUACGGAAGCAUAAAAUAAGGAACAAGAAGCAGUUAAAGUGCAAAAUACAGUCAAGGAGAAAUAAGUCAUUGCUGAAAAAAUACCGAAGAACUAGACUUACAGCAAAGAAAAGGAACAGAAAAUUGCAUACAAUCCCACAUUUUGAUAUUGAUGAGCAAGCUUCUGUAAAGAGACAAAGUGUUACCACGGACAUGUCUGCUGAACCUGUGGGAGAUAUUGGUCCAGAUCAGAGUCUGAAGAAUGUGCCACAUCCACCAAGAACAGAAUCUCCAGUCAUGCUAAAUGUAGAUGAUAUUGAUGAUAUUUUUGCAUCAAUUGGUGUAUAGUUUAUAAAUUUAAAAGUUACUAUAAAUGAUUUCCAAAGCAGAAUAUCGGAAGCAAACCUUGAAGUGCGAUCACCGUGCAAUGCAGUUAAAAAUGAAAUGGUUAUUAUACUUGUGCCACUUUAAUUAUUCUUGUUACAACAAACCUGGCUGCUCCAAGAAAUUCCUCUCUGGAAAUGUCUCCUCUUAAUGUGUUUUUGCAAUGAUAAAGGACUUUUAUUUUAACAAAA